GUAGUGUUUUCCAAAAUCAGAGACAAUUAUUUCAUGUUGCUGUCGCUGAUGAGCUAAAGCUUUUAGCUGAUGCUCGAGACGAUGCCGUUUCUCGUAUGUUUCUUAGCUCUCGCUCUGAUGAAGCGUCCCUUCAUAGGAGAACUGGUGAUUUAGGUGAUACUAGGCAUAUCAGAUGCAUGUGAACGCCAGCUAUAUGAUGCUUGUGAUGACUGAUAAGGAAGUCAAGUUCAUGUGAUGAGUAUACAGAGUGAGCUUUUUCUUGAAGGACUUCUUUUUAUUUAUGUGCAUAUCUUCAAAACUAAUUGCUCAGGAGUCGUCAGGCCAGAUUGAGAACCUCAGUUUCAUUUAUGAUAUGAGUUCAAUUUAUCUUAUCCUUUUCUUGAAUCCUGCAACGUCCUGGAAAAGUUAUGGCCAUGAGAGAUAGAAUUAGCUAAUGAUGUGGAUAACAUACCUUAUUGAACUGGAUUUCAAUGUGUUCUGUCCGUUAAUGUCUAUAAGUUUAGAAUUCAAUGAUAUUCCUUGUAACAGUAGAGUUGUGUAGCUAUGUUUCUUUUAUGACAGAAGAUUUGUUUCUACCUAUCUUUCUCAUUGAGUGGGUUGCCAAGGCUCAUUUUAAUUCUAAAAGAUUUUGAGAAUAUGAACUAUGAAUUUUUCUUUGAUACACCAAACAGAUAUUUUAGUUUGUUAACACUUUUUAAUAUCAAUUACAAGGAACAUUUUUAUAAAAAUAAAAUGAAAAAGACAUCUAUGUCUUGAUUGCAAUGUAAUCCUUACGGUUUACACGUACAGCAGUAACAGCAACAUAUACCAUGAAAGCAGGUCAUCACUGCAAUAGCUUUACCAACUAAUGUAUAGGGUGGUGGUUCAUGUGUCGCACCUUUUCUACCUUAAAAAUUGGACAGACGACCACUAUAGGCUUAUGGGUAGGAUAAACUGCAUAUGGAUUUAUUAUCAUGAGUCCUUAUUUCUUAACUAUUUUAAUGUUACAAUUAAAUGCCAGGAGAAUUGCUCAACUGAAAGAGCAUGAGUGCCAAAUUGCCGUUGAAGAUGUUAUGUACAUGUUAAUAUUUUCCAAAUUCUCUGAGAUUAGAGUCCCUUUGGUUCCAAAGCUCUCUAGAUGCAUUUAUAAUGGCAGACUGGAGAUAGGGCCUUCAAAGGACUGGGAGCUGGAAUCCAUCCAUAGCUUUGAGGUUUUAGAGAUGAUAAAGGAACAUGUCUGCACAGUAAUUGGCUUAAGAGCAAAUUCUAGUGUCACAGACAGUUGGGCGACAACUGAGAUUCAGAGACUCCAGCUUGGCCGAGUGUAUGCAGCCUCGGUGUUAUAUGGUUAUUUCUUGAAGUCUGCCUCCUUGAGGCAUUAUCUGGAACAGUGUAUAGCUGUGUCCCACCACAAUGUUCAUCUCAGUUGUAGGACUGUGCGUCAGUAUCCAGAGUCAAUAUCUCAUGGAUUAACAAAUAUCGUAUUUCGUCGGAUAAGCAAUAUGCAAUCUGGUUCAGCAGGUCAGGGGUCAAUUAAGCAGGACUGGCAACGUGGAAAACUGAGGUGCUAUGUAAUGGGUUUUGAUGCGGAGACAUUGCAGAGAUGUGCAAAACUGAAAUCUAAAGAGGCUGUGAAUUUGAUUGAGAAGCAUAGUAGUGCACUUUUUGGGAAUGACAAUACUGGUUCACUUGAGAAUGAUGAGGUAAUCCUGACAUCUUUUUCAAGCCUCAAAAGAUUAGUUUUAGAGGCGGUGGCUUUUGGUUCUUUCCUUUGGGACACAGAAGAGUACGUGAACUCUAUUUUUAAGCUCAGUGAGAAUUAACAGGGGAGAGAAGUUAAGAAAGAAAGGAUUGGCAAUCAGGUUCCCCGCGUCUGUACAUAAGAGUUUGAUUUCUUUCUAUACUCUUAUUUGCCAAAACUCAGCAGUUUGUUGUAUAGUGUACAUGCAUAGAAUAAAUAAUGUACAGCCUAGGAACUGUUUUUUGUCUACUUCUGUUUCUGCUAUGCAAUGUUGAUUUUAAUCUCAA